GUCACGCUGUCAUUAAAAUUUUCAGUUGUAAGGACUUGUGAGUUGAGGUUUUAGAGCUUCACGUUUUCCAAGGGCUUAUUUUUUCGAUUUCAUAUUUUCGAUAACUCGUAUUCACAAUGACUGGCCGUGGAAAGGGUGGUAAAGGUCUCGGAAAAGGAGGUGCCAAGCGUCAUCGCAAAGUCCUCCGCGACAACAUCCAGGGCAUCACCAAGCCCGCCAUCCGUCGUCUGGCGCGUCGUGGCGGAGUGAAGCGCAUUUCCGGUCUGAUCUACGAGGAGACGCGCGGUGUGCUGAAGGUCUUCCUGGAGAACGUUAUUCGCGACGCCGUCACCUACACUGAGCACGCCAAACGCAAGACCGUCACCGCCAUGGACGUGGUCUAUGCCCUCAAACGCCAGGGCAGGACCCUGUACGGAUUCGGCCUGUAGAUUCCAUCACGUGUCCCGUACUGUCGCUUUGAUUGUUGCAGUGUCGUCUUCACUCUAGUGUACAUAAGAGCAGCGUCUCCACCUUGUAUCGUUUUAAAAUCUUGUUAGGAUCUCAAUUUUCAAGUUUCGAUUAGCGGAAAGUGUCUGAUUCUGCGCUGAGACAUCGAUGAAUUAAUCAGAAUUAAAAAAAAGCUACGAGAAA